UGUUGUUUCUGUGAGCACCGAUUAUAUAAAAAUACUUCAAAUUAAAUAACAUUUGUUAUCAACAAAUAGAUAACGAAAAAACAGAGUCAUGAGUACAUAUUUUAUACUAAAUCGUGUUUGCUGCUGACGGUGUUUAUACCUACUACAAAAUCAUGGUGAAUUUUACAUUUAGAGGUCUAAUGGCACCGACCUUAACUGCAUUCAAAGAGGACUUGUCAAUAAAUCUUGAUGUUAUACAGGACUAUGCCAAAUUUCUUGCUGAUUCAAAAAUAAUGGGAGUUUUAGUGAACGGUACAAGUGGGGAAGGUAUGUCAAUGAAUGUAGCAGAAAGAAAAAAAGUAACAGAAGAAUGGGUAAAAGCGGUGAAAAAAACGAAUCAACACUUAAUGGUACAAAUUGGUGGAGCACCGUUACCUGAUGUUUUAGAACUUGCAAAGCAUGCCGAGUCAGUUGGUGUACAUUCCCUCCUGUGUUUACCUGAUUUAUACAACAAACCCACAACUUCUACAGAUCUGACUAGAUAUUUAAAAACUGUUGGUGCAGCUGCUCCAAAUACACCACUUUUGUAUUAUCACAUUCCAAGUUACACCAACGUGAAUAUUCAUAUGGGUCAAUUUUUAAAUGAUGUCGUUGGAAAAAUCCCUACUUUUCAUGGAAUAAAGUUUACUUCAACUGCUUUAGAUGAAGGCAUUGCAGCAGUUAAAGCCAAUGGAGGAAAGUAUGCCGUGUUUUUGGGAGCUGAUCAAUUGAUGGCAGGCGCUUAUACACUUGGAUUUGAUUCAGCAAUUGCAACAACACUAAAUAUGUUUCCACAGUUGGGAAUAACAAUUCUUGAUGCUGUUAAGCAGUCAAAGCUUGAUAAGGCUAAAGAAACUCAAGAUAUUUUAACACAAGUUUGCUCUACUGUCACCAAAAAUGGCUCCUGGGUGCCCACAAUGAAAGUCGCUAUGGACUUAUACACUCCUGUUAAAGUUGGUAAAGCCAGAGAACCACUGGUAAAUAUUACAACGGACCAUGUUAAACAAAUGAAGGAAGAAAUGAAGGGUAUUAAAUUGUAGAACUACGAUUUAUAUAUAUGAUGUAUGUAAAACGAGUAUACAAAUAAAAUGCUACUAUUUUUUAUUCAUAUGUAA